GGAAGAUGAGAGACGGACCGAGCACGCUGCCUGCAGACCAAAAGAGUCUUCCUGGUCACAUCAGAUCACAGUUUGAUUUAAAGUCCGAGUCCAGCUUCAUUAGGAUCUGAACACAUCCAGGAAGGAAACAUGUCUUCAGGAUCAGAACCAAGACAAAGAAGAGACAGCAAAGAACAUCCUCCUGAUAUGUCUGAAUUAAUGAACAAACUUCUUAAUCUUGCAGCUUCAUUCAUCAGAGAGUUUGACAGCAGUGAACAGAAGAUGAGACAGAUUGUUAGAGAGUUUAGGGAGAUCUCUGAUGGAGUCAGAAAGAUGCCGGAGGGAGCAGGGAUAUGGGCUGGACACUCGGGAACAGGAGGAAAGGGACUCCCGGGCUUUGGAGGUCUGUUCGGUUGGGGGGGGGGUCUCUCAGGAGGGUUAGUAGGAGGGUUAGUAGCAGCAGCAGCUGCUGCUGUUGGAGGAGGUGCUGCUGUUGGAGGAUCUGGUCUUGUUGAAGGUGAUGUUGGACGUGCAAGAAACCCAAAUAAAGUGGAUGAAAGUCCAGAAAGAGUAAAAAUGUUGGGGAAAGACUUCAUGAAGAUCAUUGAACGGCUGAACCUGAGAGAAAUAAAGAUGACGUGUGAGAAGUUGGAGCAAAGAUCAGCUGAACUUCAGGCUGAAAAGACUCUGGCAGUAAUGGGGGAGUUUCAGAGGACUCUGAGACGAGUUUCUGAAGAUAGAAGAGAAAUCCCCCAUUUGGCUGAUAUGUGUAUCAGGGUGGUUGAUGACUGUGAUCAGAUGAAGAAAGAACUCAAAGACUUCACAGAAAAGUAAAGAUAGAAGCUCCAGUUUGUAGAAAAGGCCUUGUUUCUUCAUAAUGUCUUCUCACUAAAUCUGCAGUUUGAGAUAUAGAACUUAAUAUUUGGCACACAAAUAUUCCUCUGGUCCUAAUUAU